UCUGGUUCAGUAGCUGUUGAGAAUACAAUAAGUUGAUAUAUCUUCCCUGCUAUGACGAGUUAUAAAAAGGCAGUUUAAUCUCAAAACGUACUUUGCCAGUCAGUCCUCGUUUCAUACCGCACCGUGUCUCCUUACUGGCAACACGAGUGUUCCUUUGGCACAGCCUUGAGGGUUUAUCGAAGUGUCGGUGGACUAGUGGCGACUGUGCUUCUGUGAACAUCCGAGGACGGGAGUGAUUGAUGGAACAAAAUUAGAUAAAUUAAUAAUCGCAGGAUGGCUGAGUGCAUAAAAGCCGACGUCGUGGUAGUGGGCGCGGGCGUGCACGGGAGCAGCGCCGCCCUUCACCUGGCACGGGCGGGGAGGAAAACGGUUCUACUUGAACAGUUCACGGUCCCCCACUCCCGCGGAAGCAGUCAUGGCCAAACGCGCAUCAUCAGGAAGACCAACUUCGGGACGCCCGCUUUGGCCCCGCUACUUGAGGAUUCGUACCGGCAGUGGGAGACGAUACAGGCUGAGGUUGACGAGGUAUUGCUUAGGCCAUCCCCGCUGCUGGUCUUGGGAACGAAAGAGAAAGAGGCUCUUAUGGAGAAGAUGGCCAACUCAGUGCGAGAAGCUGGCCACGCCCCCCAGUGGCUCGCUCCCGCACACGUCAACAACAUGUUUGGGUUGGGAUGCGGAGAUGACACCAUGGCCUUCUUAGACCCCAGCGGAGGCGUGCUGAUGGCUGAUAAAUGUGUUGGGGCCUUACAGCGCCUGUUCCGAGCUGCUAACGGGACGCUGCUGGACGGAUGGCCUGUCGACGAGAUUAAAGUGGAACAGGACGGGUCAGUCGAGGUCAAAGGUCAGAGGGGAAGGGUGCGCGCGACCUCGCUUGUCCUGUGCCCUGGUCCUUGGGCUGCCCCCCUCCUGGCCAAGGUUGGGGUGCAGAUACCCGUCAGAGUGGAAAGGAUCUCAGUGUUAUACUGGCGAGUAAAGGAUCCCCACAGGACUUCGUCGACAUCCUUCGUUGAUGUCUCGGACGACAGGGGACAUUUCUAUGGACUUCCUGACAUCGAGUACCCAGGCCUCGUACAGCUGUGCUUCCACGGAGGGCCAGAAGUGCAUCCUGAUCAGCGAGAUAAAGGUGACUUCGCGGAGAUAAGGGAGAGAGUGAUGCUGUAUGUCAAGGAGAAAUUCCCUUGCCUCGACCCUCAGCCUGCGAUUGAGGAAUCUUGCAUGUACACGACCACGCCGGACGAGGAAUGCGUCAUAGACCGUCACUCGAAAUACAAGAACAUCGUUUUCUCUGCCGGAUUUUCGGGAACCGGCUUUAAGAUCGGGCCAGCCGUGGGAAGGAUCCUGUGUCAGUUGACCCUAGGUCAUCCGCCUCCGUGUGACCUCAGCGCAUUCAGCUUGUCCAGAUUUUCCAAGAGCAAGAUUUGAUAGGCCAAUGUUGGGGGGGGGGGAGGGAGGCUUUCUGUGUGAUCGUUAUUGGAUGAAGUUUUAUUCUU